AUGGAUAUUGAAUCCGAAGCAGGAAGCGGAUGUGGAGAGGAGUGGAACGCAUGUGCAUUCCACAAACACUACGUCCGAUCAUGUGACCGGACAAUACAGGAAAUGAGCAUUGAAUCGGAAAUUAUGCGUUCCACGGAUGAAACCGGAAGUCGACGCUGUGCGUUUCACAGAUGAAGAUGGCGCCAAAAUCAACUAUAUUAAAGAAGAAAGAGACUUUUUACAUUGAAUAUCCACCAACUGAGGAAGCCUAUUUGGCGAAACACGUUUUGGUGAUUAUAUGGACUUUGUUUUAUGUUUUUCUUUUAUUUCUGGAAUAAAUUAUUACUUUUGAAGUAGAUAUUGUUCCUGCAUCAUCCUUCUCAUCUACUGGAGUGGGAUUUGGAUCUCCCUUAAAGGAUCCUAUUGCUAUCCAGACUAGAGCCAGGUUACUUUAUGGCUCUAUCCUUGUGAGUGUGCCAAUUAUAGAUAUAGUGAUUACUUUUUGUCUUACCAGUUUUACACUAUUGUAUCUCCCUCUGUUUCUGUUUCAGUUUUGUGGCUGUAUAUCGAAGAGAGGGAAGUAUUUACAGUAUUUGUUUUUUAUUGCUCCACCUAUUUGUUGUAUAUUAAGGGAUCAUAUUCAAGAAUUCCUUGAAAAGAACAUGGUUAUCAGCAAAAAUCAGCAUGGUUUUAUGAAGCACAGGUCAUGUCAAACUAACUUGAUUGCGUUCUACGAAGAAGUAAGUAGAAGUAUAGAUCAGGGUGUUGCCGUGGAUGUGAUCUAUUUGGAUUUUGCCAAGGCAUUUGAUACAGUUCCACACAAUAGAUUAGUGUUCAAACUCAAGGAAAUCGGUCUAGAUGAAAAUGCUUGUUCUUGGGUAGAACAUUGGCUUAAAAACAGAGUACAAAGAGUUGUCAUUAAUGGUAAAUUUUCAAGCUGGAGAGAGGUGGCAAGUGGUGUCCCUCAGGGGUCUGUUCUGGGACCCCUUCUAUUUAACAUGUUUAUAAAUGAUCUAGAAGACCGCAUUGAAAGUCAUGUUUCAGUGUCUGCAGAUGACACCAAACUUUGUAAAACAAUACAAUGUGAGCAAGAUAUUACUUUGCUGCAGAGGGAUUUAGAUAGACUUGGGGACUGGGCACUCAAAUGGCAGAUGAAAUUUAAUGUUGAAAAAUGCAAAGUUAUGCACUUCGGCGUAAAGAAUAUACAAGCAACGUAUACCCUUAAUGGAAGCGAAUUAGGGAUAACAACACAUGAAAAGGACUUGGGAAUUGUUAUAGACAACAAACUAUGCAACAAUGUGCAAUGUCAAUCAGCAGUGGCCAAGGCCAGUAAUGUAUUGUCAUGCAUGAAAAAGGGCAUUCAUUCUCAGGACAAGAAUAUAAUUUUGCCUCUUUAUAAAUCACUGGUAAGACCCCAUAUUGAAUGGGGGCGGGGCCUGACCAGCAUGGAAGACAGACGUGCUACUGCAGAGCUCCCCAGACAACAAAGCAAAUAAACCUAUUGCUGGUCCUAAAUAACUCAAAAUUGGCAACCCAAACAGACCUACUUGACCCACAAAAGGGCACAAAAACAACACUGGGGGCAGCGAAUCGUCUGGGGUCAGCUGGCCAACCGACUUGUGACAUGAGGCCUGGGGCCCGUCGAGCGGGAGAGGCGGCCGAUCUCCCGGUCCUGCGCCACGGGAUGCCGACACAUCACGAGCGGGAGCCCCGUUACUCCCCCCCUGGACCGUCGGGGGUGAUCGCGGUCCAUACCAGGGAGGCGAACCUGGUACAGAGAGAGUGCAAGGGGGAACAGCGCUGACAUGCAUGCUACACGAUGCGACACCCAAAAUGGCGGAUGCCUCAUGUCUCCCCGAGCCUAUAGACCCACAACUAGGGGUGCUACAUAGGCAGGAGGCAAUCUUUGCUGGUGCAAACUGGAGGCCAGAACGCAACCGCUCAUCUCCACACAGGCAAGCAGCCUCCCUGCGAAGACACUACCUCCAACCAGAAAGAAGGCUCAGCAGGGCAUAAUUGCAGGACAGUCCUCAUUAACACGGCAUGCAAAGCUACAACGACCCCAGCGCAAGAGGGCGAAAACAGACAGGAGACACCACAACAGACGCAGGGCACAGCGGAGAGUCAAAACCCGCCAGGCCCGUUCAUCCUGCCCGACAACGCCGAGGUACAGAUCACUGCAGAAUCCAGCCCCACGGCGGACACGAGCCCGAGAAGCAAACAGGUCACCUCAUCUGACACUCGGACACAGAAGCCCACACCGCCCCACCGAGACGCAGAAAAGCAGGAUACUCAGGAGAGCUCUCAACGACUGCGUCUGGCACCCAGAGGGGAUCGGAUAAGCACGGGCAGUGGAAUAGGGUCUGCUGAGCAUAGCUCGUUACAGCAGGACUUCUUUACACACCCUGCACACCAACUAAACUUAAAGUACCAAUCUUUGAGCUAA